AUGCAUCCAUUGCCAUUUCAAAUGGCCUUGGCUUCCUUCAAUUUGCUCACCAACUCAUCCACAGAGUCAACCUUGACCCCCGCAGAACGUGCAGGAGGCUCCUCCACCUUGAGUGUUUCUAAACGGUUGACCACCUCAAUACCCAAGUCACUGGCUUUCAACUUCUCCAACGGCUUCUUCUUGGCUUUCAUGAUGUUGGGCAACGACGCGUAUCUGGGCUCAUUGAGUCUCAAGUCUGUGGUGAUGAUCAUAGGCAAGUCUGCUUGCAAUGUGUCAGCUCCGCCAUCGACUUCUCUGGUGACGCUAAUCUUGUCGCCCUUAAUCUCCACUUUAGACGCAUUCGUCGCUUGGGGCCAGUUCAACAAGCCGGCCAAGAUUUGUCCAGUUUGGUUGGCAUCGUCGUCAAUCGACUGCUUACCCAAAAUCACCAAGUUGGAACCCUCUCUCUCCACAACUUUUUGCAACAUCUUGGCCACAGUCAAAGGCUCAACUUCUGCAUCACCCACGUCAACCAAAGUCGUAGUGUCAGCACCCUUAGCAAGAGCAGUCCUCAAAAUAUCUUGCGACUUUGUUGGCCCAAUGGAAACAGCAUGGAUUUUCUCAACCAAUCCCUUGUUCGCUUCCCUGAUCUUCAAUGACUCUUCCAAAGCGAUGUCACAAAAUGGGUUGAUACUGAACUUCACACCCUUUGUCUCAACACCGGUACCUGCCUUGUUGAUUCUAGGCUUGAUAGCAAAAUCAAUGACUCUCUUGACCGGCACUAAAAUCUUCAAUUUGGAUGACAUGACUGGGGUGAUUAUGUUUCGUCAAUUUUCCUCCACACAUUUUUUCCACCCGAGACCGGGAUCGCGUAUGCAGGCCCAAUAA